GAAGGAACUCUAACAGCGGAAAGUGACGCAUCAGAGGUGCUUGCUAUCGAUGACGUUUCUUUUCGUCCCCACUGUGUGCCUGUUUUGGUUCCCAGUUCAGCCCCAACGACCAACGCUUGCCCUCCCUCCUGGUUCGCUUGUGGUGAUGACGGGCCAUGCAUAGAGGGAGACAAAAUGUGUGACUUCACCCCGCAGUGUCCCCAUGGCGAAGAUGAAAGCAACUGCCCUUCAGAGUGUGACUUUGAGGGCAGCUCCUGCGGCUGGUACGAGCUCACCCUCGGCGACGGCUUCGACUGGGUCCGGGGCUCGUCAGCGGAUGUACCACCGGAGUACUACGGUCGGCCGCCCCCACCCGACCACUCCAGUAACAGCACAGAGGGUCACUUUAUGUUUAUACUGAAGAACAGCAGUAGUCUUUAUCCAAGGGCGGUCCUCCGAGGACCGUGGUUCCAGCAGUCGGCCUCUGGGUGCACAAUGACCUUUUGGCAUUACAACACGGGUAUAUCAGUAGGGGCUGCUGACAUGUACCUUCGCAUCCGCGGAGUCCAAAACAACACCAUCAUAUGGAGGAAUUAUUACGACCAAGGAAGUCGAUGGAACCGAGUCAGUGUUCAACUAGGACGAAUCGCGCGGCCCUUUCAGAUAGCCCUGGCUAAAAUAAGCCUGGGUGUGUUCGACGGCAUCUCCGCCUUGGACGAUGUGUCCUUCCACAACUGCUCUAUGCCACCUGCCGCUACAGAGUGUCCGACACAAACACAUUUCCACUGCACUCGCACCAGAGCGUGUGUGGAGCGGCUGCUGCUGUGCGACCUAGUGGACGACUGCGGAGAUGGUUCGGACGAAGAGGGUUGCUCCCCUGAGCUCCAGUGCAACUUUGAGCAUGGCUUGUGCAGCUGGAAACAAGAACGAAAUGGCGGUGGCGAUAUUUUCGACUGGACCCGUACACGAGGCCCCACCCCAUCCUUUAACACGGGGCCAUGGAAAGACCACACGCUGGGAACCAGCUACGGCUACUACCUCUACAUUGAGUCGUCCGUCCCCCAGAAGUUCAAGGACACGGCAAUACUGCUAAGCCCGACCUUCCAGCCCACCCACCGUCGUGGAGAAGACCCCUUCGACUCCCGCAACCCUUGCGUUUUCCGCUUUCACUACCACAUGUUUGGCUCGCGUGUGUUCUGCCUGGCAGUCUAUCUUAGGACCGUCUCCACAGGCCGCGGCCAGUUGUUGUGGGUGGGAUAUGCAGACCAGGGUAACUUUUGGCACAGGAAGACUCUCUACAUAACAAGUGCUCGACCUUUCCAGAUUGUAAUCGAAGGUACGGUCGGAGAUGAUUUCCACGGGGACAUUGCGAUCGAUGACCUCUCGUUCUUGGGCUGUGUCCGACAUGAAGGUGAGCUGCCCUUUGCAAACACCACAGACCCCACUGUGACCACGCCGGCCCCCUCGGUUCAGCCCCACCACUGCCCCCCGGGGGAGUUUGCCUGUGGGUCAGUUGGCGAGUGUGUAGCCCGCGAGAAAGUGUGCGACUUUAAACCAGACUGCUCGGAUGGCACGGAUGAAAGCGAUUGUGUGGCAGAAAAGUGUGAUUUCAAUGGUGGCGAAACAUGUGGUUGGGAAACUGUCAUUCCGCCCACAGCCUCCACGCAUGCAUUCCGCUGGUCACCUGAUCAAGGGGAAAGCGUUCACGCCGGAGAACAGUAUCAUCGUCCUGUCACUGACCACACCCUGGGCAGCCGUGAAGGUUGGUACAUGUGCGCCGACAGCUCCAACGGCGGCUACGGCCACACAACCGACCUCCAGACACCCGUCAUUGCGUCUACUGGGCCGCAUUGCACCCUAGUCUUCUGGUACCACAUGGGCGGAUUCACUGUGGGCUCCCUUCAACUUCUGCUGAGGCGUGCUAAUGUCACCCACGAGGUUUGGUCUCAGACUGGUAACCAAGGCAACAAGUGGAGACGAGGUGAAGUGUUCUUGGGGCUGUCACGUGACUUUCAGGUGGUGUUCCGAGCCAAACGCGGGAUCAGCUAUAUGGGCGACGUGGUGAUCGACGACGUCAGCUUUGUGAACUGCGCCCCUCCCUCGCCCUCGGAAGUGCCGUGCACCCCUGAGCAGUAUACCUGCGCCAACGACCGUUGCAUCCCCCGGGAUAAUCUGUGCGACUUCAUCGACCACUGCGGUGACCACUCAGAUGAGGAUCCCUACAUCUGCAAGGGAUUUAUAGGCCGCUGCAAUUUUGAGUUUGACCUGUGCUCUUGGCGCCAGAGCGCGGAGGAUGAUUUUGACUGGCAGAUCAAAGCCGGUAGCACCCCCACACUUGGCACGGGGCCGUCCGCAGACCACACGCUGAGGGACCAUUCUGGACACUACCUCUACCUGGAGAGCUCUUUCCCUCAAGCUUCUGGAAGUGCUGCCCGAAUAAACGGCCCAUUGCUGAGCUCCAGGAGUUCCCAGUGCAAGAUGCGUUUCUUCUACCACAUGUCUGGAGAUGGCAUCGGGACACUGGCCGUGUUCCGGAGGAGUCAAGCGGGUCUUCACCUCCUCCUCAACUUGACGGGCGACCAGGGAAAUUACUGGCAGAUGACUGACAUCCCGCUGAGCCACUCCGAGGACUUUCAGGUCACAUUUGAGGGACGGGUUGGCCGAAAUCCUAAGGGGGACAUCUGCCUGGACGACAUCACCUUUUCACCAGGUUGCCUCCUCGCAUCAUUGAACACAAUAGAGGAUGACGCCACUCCUACUCCUGAAGGCUCCCUGCCAUGCCAAAACGGCCAUUGCUUCUCCCUCAGCCAGAUUUGCGAUUUCCGAGAUGACUGUGGGGACGGCACCGACGAGAAACACUGCGGGACUUCCUGUUCUUUUGAAAAUGGCCCCUGUGGUUGGAAGAACUCCCCAGCGGACAAUUUCGACUGGUCACUGGGAACCGGCUCGGUGCAGAGCAUACGGCCACCGUACGACCACACUUUGAAGGAUGAAACCGGUCACUUUCUUUAUUUGGAGGCUACACCUGUCGGACUUAAGGGUGACAAGGCUCACCUCAAAAGUUCAAUGUGGAAGGAAUCCAGCUCCAUUUGCAAGCUCUUUUUCUGGUACUACAUUUCCCAAAAGGCUUCUGGAACCAUCCGCCUACUUGUCAAGACAGAGAACGACAUGUGGGAGGUGUGGAACAAAACAGGUCAUCAGGGGAACCAGUGGAAGCGGGCCGAGGUGGCGCUGAGAAGGCUGAGGAACUUCCGGGUGAUAUUCGAGGGAGUGCGUUCGCACGAUGUGAGCGGGGGAGCCGCCUUGGACGACGUGGAGUUCAAAGACUGCGCCCCGAGUCCUGCCGAGUCAAUGAGUUGUCCUGCAGUUACGGACUUUGUUUGCGACAACGGCCACUGCGUCGAGUCCCACCUGGUGUGCGAUGGCAAGCCCGAAUGCAAGGACCAAUCAGACGAGUCCGAUUGCGGCGCUGUGCUCGCCAUGCCGGGAGCGUGUAAUUUCGACGAAGACGAGGGCCAAUGGGAGAAGAGGUGCCAGCUCGCUCAGGACACUGACGAUGACUUUGAUUGGAGAAUCAAUCACAGCAGCGACACAGCGGGAGGUGGACCACCAUUUGAUCACAGUCCAGGUGACGGUGGGAACUUCCUUUACAUCCACUCAGCCGCUCAGAGAGACGGUGAGGUUGCCAGGGUGACCACCACUAGUGCCUUUCCCGCUAGCACAGGCCUGUGUCACCUGCGCUUCUGGUACUACAUGCACGGCUCGGACAAAAUGGGAACGCUGAAGGUGUUCACAGUCGGCCCUAGUGGUACGCCCCUGCUUAUGUGGGCCAAGGCUGGAAACCAAGGCGAGGGGUGGACGUACGCCAGCGUCAUCCUGUCUAACCCGACGCCUUUCCAAGUGAGCAUCCAAGCAGAGGUCGGUGGAGACAUGUGGACCAACAUAGCGCUGGAUGACAUAACGUACACGACGGAGUGCAUGGUCGGAGGACCAGUGACUCCAGAGCCCCUCACUUGCACCUCAGACCACUUUCAGUGCGUCUACUCCUUCCAGUGCAUCCCUAAAAGCUGGCUAUGCGAUGGCGAACUCGACUGCUUUGACCAAUCGGAUGAAGAGCGUUGCCCCACGUUCGUACCGGGCACCCUGCCCCCACAAGGCGGUUGCUCGGAAGGCCAAUACCGGUGUACCGACGGCAUCUGCCUUCCAGGCAUACUGCGCUGCGACGGUGUCCCCGACUGCCCCCACGGGGAGGACGAGCACAGUUGCCCCCUAUUGCAGUGUGAGUUAGGAGAGCUUCAGUGCGAUACUUCAUCCACUUGUGUUCCUCUCGAGAAGCGCUGCGACCGCUUUGUGGACUGUCUGCCUUUCCGAUCUGAUGAGUCCAGUUGUGACGAUUGCCCUCCUAUGUACUGCCUGGAUCGAGGCUUGUGCCAUGUGGAGAAACACGGACCUGUUUGCAUGUGUUCUGUGGGCUGGACCGGAAACCGUUGCCACGUGAAGGCAAAGCCCCCAUUUUCCACUCCAACGCCACCCGCGCUGGAAGACACAUCGUUGGACGCCGUGUACGCCGGCAUUGCCAUCGGGUUGCUGCUGCUACUCAUGGGCAUGGGAGUUUGCAUCCUAGCUCUGUGCAGUAAGCGUUUCGGCGUGAGGAAGCGGAACCCGAUAGACUACGGAAUGAUGGAUCAGCCCGCCUUAAACUGGAAGGCACAGUUUCGCCGCCUCGCAACCAGGCGCAGAAACGACAACGGGGGUCUUUCCAUCAGCGUGUACCCUUGGAGGAAGGAGGAGGAGAGCUCAUACCGGAGGGACGCGGGUCUGUCCUUUGCUAACCCGCUGUACAAUCAUCAGCAGCAGCUGCACCAUGAUGAAUGCCAGAGUUCUCACGCGGAAAGUGAAGAAAAAUGGACAUACUGUACAUGCAGUGACACACAAAAUUAGGAACAGGAAUGAAGAUGGACAGAAUUUUUUACUGGUGACUUGCGUCUAUGCCAUGUGAUUUUCCAAAUCGAUGUAUUGUUGUUUUAAUGUAUGUAUGGUGGAAAACACAGACAAGACUGAAAAAGCAGUUUCUGCUCUUGCACUCCUCUUUAAAAGAAACUGCUGUAUUUUAAGCCAAAAUUUGAAAGAACAAAAUUUUUGUAUGCUGCCAUAGCAGAUUCAUGGCGAAUUAAGCCCCCGAACUAUUAUUAAUUUGCCUGUUUUACCCUGGAAAGCCCCGUUUACGGAC